UGGAGGGUGAGAUUGAAAAUUGAAGCAGCAAAUCUUGAAAGCCAAGGAGUCAUCCACCAAGCCUCCUGAGGUGGCUCUGAAGAACAUGAUUGAAAAAUUGAAGGAGGAGGCUUAUCACGAAUACUCUGAGGCCAUCAGAGCCAUGGGCUUGAAGGACAGACUUGAGAUGCUGAGAGAAGAAGUUUCAAAAGUAAAUUCUAAGGACCGACUAAUGAAUCCUGUUCUGAUGGACAAGAUUGAGAAGCUUAAGCAUGAGCUGAACCAGAGUCUAUCAGCGGCUCCAAAUUACACAAUCCUUAAAUAUAAACUUGACAUGUUGAAGGAGGUUUCUACAGCCAAGAGUCUCUCCAAGGCUGCUACAAUGAAGCAGGAAGUUAAUAAGAAAUUAAGUGAAAUCAUGGGUCGGCCUGAGAUAAAGGAGAAGCUUGAACAUUAGAAGCUGAGGUUCAAAGUUCUGGUUCAUCAAGCUUUAUUGAUUUAGAUGAAGGGGUGAAGGACAAAAUACUGAAGUUGAAGAGCGAGAUAGAAUUGGAAAUGAUUAGUGCUCUGGAGUCUUUGAGUUUGGAGGUUGUGGUUGUAAAAUCUAAUGCAAACCCGGCCUCAC